AUGACAACAGAAAGGGCUGAUCAGAUUGUGGGUGGUGGAGGUUUUUGGUUGAAAGACCACUCAAAAACCCUAGCUUUGUCUUCAGAUGAUUCUUAUAACCAAUUAUACCCACUCUCUCAAGCACACAAGGAGGAUGACGGAUUGAGCGGCGCCGGAGGGUGUUUUCAGAAAAAACCUGUAAUUGUGAGAGAAGUUUGGAAGAAAAAUAUAGUUGAAGAGUUCUAUAUGAUUCAUCAAGUUGAAUACCCAUAUGCUUCGAUCGACACUGAAUUUCCGGGACCAGACAUCAAUCGAAACCUACCCUCUCAAAUUCCAUCGAUCGAGAACUACUAUUUCAUGAAGUUAAAUGUGGAUCAUUUGAAGUUGAUCCAGUUGGGGCUCACUCUUUCAGGUGCGCAAGGGAAGCUUCCCGAUUUUGGAACAAAUUCAUGCUACGUCUGGGAAUUUAAUUUCUGCGAUUUUGACCUUGAUUCUGAUAAUCACAAUCCCGACUCUAUCAACUUGCUUAAGCGACAAGGUAUAGAUUUCUCUGCUGUGAUGCUGAGUUGGUCUGGACUGAAUUUCAGAAGAUGUCCAUUGACUUGGGUUACGGCAUCAAACAUAGGAUCAGAUAUUGUGUUGAACGUUGAUCGUGUGGCCGGAAAGAGCCAGCAGGCUGGUUCGGAUAGUUUACUCACCAUGCAGACCUUCCUCAAGCUUAGAAAUGUUUAUUUCAAUCCGAAGUUGGACACAAAGUUGAAUAAGUUUGAUUUGGUAUUGUUUGGAUUGGAAGUAAAUUGAUAGUUCAUUUAAUGUUCUUGGUACAGUUGUAUCUCUCUUGUAGUUACAUGUUGUUAUUAUAUGUAAUUUCGAAAAUGAAAAUAUGCUUUCUUAGG